AUGCCCGAGGGAUUACCAAUUGAUCACGAACAAGCCUUGAACGGGACAAUGGCAGCCUAUGCGCAGCAACUAGUGAUAUGCACCGACCAAAGAGACUGGACAAGCCGCAUUGAAAACGACGGAGAAAACAAAAGCUGGGGUGGCCUUAUACGAGGGCUUAAGCGUUUGCUAAGCCGAGGUGGCCCAUAUCUUGAUCCUUUCAACAAUGUCCUCGUCUCUACUUCCUCUAUCGUUCCUGCUACAAACAGCCCUUCUACCGCCUCCGCACUUCUUUUCCCCAGCUUCAAAUACAUACCCUCCAUACCAGUCGAUGCCAGAACUGCGUCUGAUGGAGCCGCCGAUCUGACCUCGUUUGUUCGCGCCUUCCUUCUCCCCGAACGCCUACACGACAUGCACUCUUCGCUCCCAGAAGCCAAAAGAACAGACAUGACCCGGGCCCCCGAACUUUCGUCUAACUUCGACGGUAUAAUUGAUAUCAAUCACUCGCCUACAAUCCUGAUCUGUGGGCAUGGGGGUCGAGACAUGCGCUGUGGUGUCAUGGGGCCCGCUCUGGAAAGCGAAUUCCAGCGCGUGCUUCAAACGCAAGGAUACAAGUCUGUGGGUGGCGAUGGUACUACUAUUGAUGGACCCAAUCAUGCAAAUAUUGGUUUAAUUAGCCAUGUUGGUGGGCACAAGUAUGCUGGUAAUGUCAUCAUCUACAUCCCGCCCAAGAUGACGGUGGGAACUUCUGCCGAGCCUCACCCGCUGGCGGGUAAGGGUAUUUGGUACGGCCGAAUCGAGCCUAAGCAUGUGCAAGGAUUAGUGGAAGAGACUAUCCUUGGGGGCAAGGUCAUCGCGGACCAUUUUCGUGGAGGGAUUGAUCGCAACGGAGAUAUAUUGCGAAUGUAG